AUGACUCGUCGUGAUAUGAGUGAAGAGGCCCUGAAGGCCAAACGAUCCGCCAUUAUCAACCACCUUCAGCAGCUCCGGGGAAUCCUCGAAAGAGUUAAUCCUCCCAACUUUGGGAUUGACGAGCUCUGUGAGCUAGGUUUGAAACCCGUAAGAGUUGAAUUAACGCCGGAUAAGGAGCUUUUAGAAUUUGAACCAUGUUUCUUCCUGCCGCAGCCUACAUCUGUGUUGUUGGAGCAUCCGUUUAGUCCGGAAGAGAGAGAAUAUGAUAUUGAGCAUGGGGAAACCUAUGCGACAAUCCUAGAUGAUAUCCUUGAAUGGUACCCAAAUACGGAAAACCCAGAGGAAAAAGCGCGAGAGCAAUACGAGCGAGCUCAAGCUAUACUUCGGGAGGACGGUCCUGAUUGGCUCUCAAACCUAGAACAUCUUGAGGAUCACAUUGGCUCUCAUCUGGGCGCCUGGCGCUCUGGAUUUCAUACGUCCCGCGGGGAAGGAUUUCUGGAAGAUCUUACGCCACUUAAGUUCUGCUGGGAUCGGUUUUCAGAAAUCGAGGGCUAUGUACCCCGUGUUAGGAUCGACCCAGGGGGCAAGAUCGGUAAGGGCUACUGGACCUCAUGUCAUGUCUUCAUCGACAAAUCUGCUGGGAUGCCUCACACAAUUAUCUGUUUCCACGUUGAAUACUGUGGGAACGACACGAGCCUCACCAUGGCUGAAGUCUAUGGGCUGCUCCAUCACAUGUAUCAGUGGUAUACUCUCCGAGAAUUUCGACAGCAUGCGAUAGGUCCCGUGAGUCUACGUCUCUUCUUUGCUGGACACGGGCUUUUCUAA